CAUUCAUGUUUUUUUGUCUGCAGUUUUGAUACUGUUCUCCGCCUCCGUCUCUCUGUCUCCCCCUCCCCCCUUCUUCGAUUCAUCCAAAGAGAGCUUUCAAACUAUCUAGACCCAAUACAGAUUGCCUUGCAUUUCUCUCCAGAAAUCCAAUCCUUUGCCUGUCUAAUUGGGAACAAUGCCUGAGGGAAUAACUGCUGAGAGUCUUUUGAACAACAUCAAGGAAACACUCGCUGAAGGUGUUUCCAAGAAGAAAUCUGUCUCUUUUGCUGAGGAAGAGAUAUCAAAAUCGGUCACUACUCAGUUCAAUAAAUUGUUUGGGCGCCAGAAGCCAGUCCACAAUCUUUUGGGUGGUGGAAAAUCUGCUGAUGUGCUAUUAUGGAGGAACAAGAAGAUUUCUGCAGGUGUUUUAGGUGCUGUUACAGUUGUCUGGGUUCUCUUUGAAUGGCUUAAUUACCAUUUUCUCUCUCUCGUAUGCUUUGCUUUGGGGCUUGGCCUGCUAGCUCAGUUUCUUUGGUCAAAUGGUUCAGGUUUAUUAAACAGGUCUCAAUCUAAACCCCCUCGUCUUGUUCUACCUGAUGAAUUAUUUGUCAACUUUGCCAAGUCAAUUGGUGCCGAGGUUAACCAAGGUUUGGGGUUUCUUCAAGAUUUGGCAUGUGGAGGAAAUGUUAAGCAGUUUCUAGCUGUUUUAGCAAGCUUGUGGGCUGCUGCUGUGAUUGGAAGCUGGUGCAACUUUUUGACUGUCAUGUAUAUUGGUUUUGUUGCAUUUCACACGCUGCCAGUUCUAUAUGAGAGGUAUGAAGACCAAGUUGAUGGCUUUGUAUACAGUGUGCUCGACCAGCUUCAGCACCAAUAUCGAAAGGUGGAUGCCAGUGUCCUCAGCAAAAUUCCCAAAGGAAAGCUUGAUAAAGGAAAGAAGCAUGAGUAGAUAAUUGUUAUUUUUUAUGCAGAUAUAUACCCUAUACAACCUGGAUAGAUCUCCAACAAAUUCAGUUUGUGGGUUUGAGCUACAAGUAGUUAUUUUUCUAUGUUAUGUGCAAAAAUAUUAAAGACUAUGAUUUCUUGUGCUAAAAGCAGCAUGUUGUCCCUAUUAUUCCUAAUAAUUUCUCAAAUGCAAUAUUCUGGUAUCUUAUUCUU